AUGACAUCGCAUGCCUUGUCCCCGGAUCUGACAGUCACUCCUACUCCUACGUCUCCUCAAUCCUCUCGAUCUCGUCAUCCAAGCGCUCCAUCCUAUUCCUACAACUCUACCUCGCCGACACAUACGUUCUCCGGAUCGCAGCCUCAGCCAACUCCCUCCUCCGUUCUACUCUCCUCCCCGAGCGGCUCUGGACCCGCUCACCCUGCCAUGGCAAUGACCGCCCCUGCCAUGUCACAGUCCUCCUCGUUCCCAGGCGUAGGAGCAGGGGAAACGUCGAGCUUCGACCUUCCUCCCAUGCCAGUGCCGUAUGAAGACUUUCACUUCUCUCUCGAUCUUCCCGAGAACAUUAAUGCUUCGGACCUGUCUCUACUGCAGAACCAGACCGACUUUCAUGGCCUCUUUGGCACCUCUAGCGCAAUGCAUACUCCAAGCAUAGUGUCAGGCUCAGCUCUCUUUGGGUCGGCCACACCUCUCGUACGCACACCUGCGCCUCUAGUGAGCCAGGAGCCUCAACCACCUCAAGCGGAAGCAGAGUCCUCUUCCAUGGGAGGAGCGGCAGGACAGCUAGGGUCAGAAGACGCCGUUAUGACGAGCAUGCAGCUAGAUACACCUGCAUCUUCAGCUUCGUCAAAUUCCACGCUGAGAGCUGGACCCCCUCCUCCUCCCGACUUUGAGCCGCCGCCGGCACCGGAUGGAGGUGCCUUCUCCUUCAAUUCACUCCUCGGCGGACAGAGCGGACAGGGAAGCGCCUCGUUUGACCAAUCGCUAUACCCAGGUCAACAAUUUUCUCAACAGCAGCAACAGCAGCAGCAACAGUUUCCAGGGAUGAGGGCUGCUCCCGUGGUCUCAGGACCGGGCUACCACUCCCAUCCCCAGGUACUCAAGGGCAAUUCGGCGGGCUCUGUGCAGCCUCUCUUCGAGCCUUCGGAAUCUGACUUCCUUUCCAGCUUCCUCGAAGGCUUUGAGUCAAGCUGGAACUUCAAUCCUACUUUGCCUGACAAUAUGCCUUCCUUUGCCGCUGCAGCCGCACAGCAAGCAGGAGGCAAUGGUUAUGGUGGACAUCUUGUAAAGACGCCGCCCCCUGCGAACAAUGGUACCCUGGCCAAUCUGACUACACCCAAGGGACCCAACGGCAGCGGCAAUGGCAACAGGCGGAAGAGUUCGACCCGGAAGAAUACACUCUCACCAUCACAGGAUGGCCAAUCAUUCCAGCUGCAACGUAGCGCUUCGACAGCAGAUUCUUCAUUUGCAGCUUUCGGGGGUCAUCUCGAUGAGAUGGAAGAAGAGGAAGACGAGCUGGAUGGUGGAGCGACAUCUUUGGGCAGCAAGCGGUCGUCAUAUGCACGCGUCAAGGCCGGAGAGCCAAAGAGAAGGGGUAGUCUAGCUCAUCUGGAAGGCGGCAAGGCAACCUCUGGCGGACACCUCGUAUGGCCAUCCAAUGCGGGAAUGCAAGCCGGUGACCUCAACAGCCGCGGGCCUCCGCCACUUCUGUCUCAUCAAGCCCAGCCCUCGAUGUUGCAUCUGCAAAGAGUGCCAGCUGCAGCGUCGUCAUCCAAAGCACGGGGCAGCUUCCAGAAGCAAGACUCUCCCACUUCUGAUUCUGGCGGUGAUACAUCGACGCCUUCAAAGGAUCAAAUGGGUUCCAGGAGGGACCUCCUCACGGACAAGGAGAAGCGCCAGAAUCACAUCAUGUCGGAGCAGCGUCGUCGCAACCACAUCCGCGAGGGCUUUGCCGAGCUGGUCUCUCUCCUCGAUCUCGGCAGGUCGUAUGGCGCUAGAGGUCUGGGCCUCAGUAGCGGUGCUGGAACGGGUAUCGAGGACGAGGGUUUGGACGACCGGACGGAUGUCAGCUCAGACGAGGAGUCGGAUGAGGAGGCAGCAGCACUCGCCAAGGCGCGGAGAAAGAAGGCUAGGGCCAAAAGGAAUGCUCUGCUAGCUGCUGCUGCCGCUGGAGGCAAUGGUGCGGCAGCGGCUGCUGCUCGGGGAAGGGGCAAAGGAAGGGGUAGGGGUGGAAGCGCAGGAGGAGGGGCGGGUUCAAAGAGUGCAGUGCUAUUUCAGGCGGUGGAUUUGGUCAAGUGGCUAGAGUCUCGUAAUGAGAGCAUCGAGGAGGAGUGCAGGCUCUUGGAGGAAGAAGCUGGAAUGGGACCUGGACCUGUCAUCGAGGAAGGAGUCACUUCUGGCGCUGCUAGCGGGGCGACCAAGGUGGUGGCCGCCGCUUGA